AUGAUUUUAGAAAGAACUCAAAGUUUAGGUGAUUUUAAGGCCACACUUUCAGAUUUGCCUUUUGAUGCUCUAUAUGAUGUUCUGGAAUGCCUUCUUCUUCCUGAUCUUACUUCGCUUUCUCAAACAUCAACGAGACUGAGAACAAUCACAAACCCUUACAUUUGGAAAGAAUGCGAUAUUGUUGAUAAAUCAUUAAUUAAAGCACAAUACUCAAAAGAUCGAUUAAAAAAAACCAUUCCUUGGGAAGUGAUUGUAGAACCUUUUAAAUAUUCUUGGUUUGCAAAUGAGUAUGUCGAAACAAUCGAAAUUAGCACACAUUUGAUUCAACAGAUAGUAUCAAAUCAGAAAAAUCAAUUUGUUACUCCUCAAAAUUACCCAAAAUUAAGGAUUAUUUUCACAACCUGUUUUUCAGAAAGACGUUCAUUCUUAAACAUUAAACAGUCCAUAGUUACUUGUAAUGUUUUUCCUGAACCUGAUGGCAUUGUUUCGUGUUCCAUUAACGAAGCUGAAACUAAAACUCUUUUUAAGUUUUUUAAGCCUUGGAACACUUAUUAUGACUUUAAUGACAACAAGGUUGAAAUUUUUAAUAACAUUACCAUGAUUGAACUUCAAGCAAAUCAAAAUUUUCUAUAUCUCAAAAAUGCAUUAACCAAAUUCACUUCCCUUAAAAAAAUUUUAAUCAACUGCAUUUUAAAUGGUUAUUACGUCCCACCUCGAUUACAACCAUUUGAUGAGAUUUUUGAAGACACUCCAAAUUCCGUGGAAGAUAUAAAACUCGUCUUUCAUUUAUCACUAGGAUUCCCCAUUCAUGGUGGAUUUCCUAUGGAACCGCCAGGAACGAGAGUAAGCUUUACAAAAGUCACAACUUUUUAUUGUGAACAAAUGGCUAUUCUUUUAUUUAUUUUGCUUCCUAAUAUCAAUAAACUUGAAUUUGCCCCAUUCAUGGCUCCUGGUUUAGGUGAUUUACCUUCUUACCCUCCUGAUGACCACAUUACUAAAAUCACUAAACUCGAAAUCAAAAUUGAUAUUAGUCAAUAUAAAACAAAACAACUUAUUUGCAUGCAACUAUUGAAUUUCAAAAAUUUGAAAAAGCUUUCACUAGAAAUAAGAUGCGCUGAAACGUCCAUGGAAAACUCUACAAAGACAUUACUUUAUUAUGCCGCUUUAAAGGCAUUUACGAGGUUUAAACCCCAAAGCAGGGAUCAAUCACUUGAAAAACUUCGAUUAAAGCAAUUUAUUUAUGAUGCAAUUUCGAUUGCAUUUAAUGGACUGAGCAUAAUAAACAAUCUAUCUACAAGUGGUGAAGAAGAUAUUUCAGAUGAAGAAAGGUAUAUAAUUUUUACAGUUGCUUGGAUGGUUUAUACAAAAGUUUCUCCGGUAAUUACCAAUGAAAAAGUGGAUUCUAUUUUUAGGGCACUUAACAUUACUACCCUUGAACAGUUUCUUUUUGUUUUUCAAAAAAUCAAAACAUUGGAGUAUUUGGAAAUUAUUGUUGAUUGUUCUAUUCCUCACUUUUUGACGCUAAAACACUUCAAAAAAAUUACUCAAACUCACUCAAGUUUAAAGCAGAUUUAUAUCAAGCGUCAAAUGUUUGGCGAUUUGAAUAACUAUAUGCGGACUGCGCACUAUGUUAGUCAACUGCCUUUCCCAAGAAGUGCAGAUCAACUUUCUCACGCUUCCAAGGUUAAGUAUAUUAUGCAGUCAGAAGUUGGGCCAAUGUCAAAUGCUUUUUACUCUUUCUAUAGCAUUAAAAAUGCUUUUGGGGAAAGAGAUUAUUUAAAUGCUUAUGAAAUUUUCAUUGAUUUAAAAACCACUAAAAAAUAUGUCCCUUUGGACCUUGUUGAGUUGGUUAAUACUAGGAAAUCCGGGGAUUAUGACUGGGCUGACGAUGACAUGUUUAACGGUUGGUUUUAA